UGAGAAAUUAAACAUACAGGACAAGACAAUGUUUACAAAUAAUUAUUUUUUCACGUGGUAAACCAACUUAAUAGAUUAAUGAUAUGUAAAUGUAUGUAAACCGUGAACUAUAUUAAACACUACAGCUAGCCUAGCUGUACGUUGAUUGCUUUAAAGAAUUACCUGUAUAACAAAAUUGCAGUGUUUGGCGUUUGUACCUUUUUCUGAACGGGAUGUAAAUUUUUAUUGACAGAUAUUUGGCUGUCAACAUUAAUACAUAUUAAGGAUUUCGGAGAAUAAACGAGACUGAAAUCUGGAAUAUUUUACACAGAGUCAAUGGCUACAUCAGAAGAAAGGCUUGCCUUGUUUAAGGCGGAAUACCCUCACACAGAUAAUGUUUCCCUGACAGGGGCAGAUCUGGGCGUGGUGGCCGGAUACUUUGUUAUUAUCAUAGCCAUAGGAGUUGUGGCAAUGUGCAGGUCUAAUAGAAGCACAGUUGGUGGGUUCUUUCUCGCAGGAAGAUCUAUGUUCUUUUUACCUAUUGGUGCUUCACUGUUUGUCAGUAACAUCGGAACUGAACAUUUUAUAGGUCUUUCCGGCUCGGGUGCUGCACAGGGUAUUGGUGUUGGAGCAUGGGAAUUUAAUGCAAUCCUACUUUUACAGUUACUCGGCUGGAUAUUUAUCCCCGUGUACAUCGCAUGUGGGACAUACACGAUGCCUGAAUACCUAACAAAGCGGUUUGGUGGUGAAAGACUGCGGGUUUACUUUGCAUUACUAUCUCUAAUUUUGUAUAUUUUCACAAAAUGUUCUGGCGAUCUUUUCACGGGGGCUUUGUUUAUACAGCAGUCACUAAAAUGGGAUUUAUAUUUAUGUAUAUUUAUCCUAGUCACUGUUACCGGAAUAAUGACCAUGACAGGUGGUUUGACCGCUGUUAUAUAUACAGACACCAUGCAGGCCAUACUGAUGGUUGGUGGCGGACUUACUUUGAUGGCAAUGAGUUUCUCAAAGAUCGGUGGUUAUGACGGCCUUGCCCGAAAAUACCCGAACGCAACUACCAAGAUGACGUAUAGAAUGCCAAACACCACGUGUCACGAGACAGACCCGAACUCGUUCCGGAUGUUACGUGAAGCAGACGACGACUAUAUGCCGUGGUUAGGGUUUCUGCUAGGACAGACGCCGGGGUCUAUUUGGUACUGGUGUGCCGAUCAGGUGAUUGUACAGCGCCUGCUAGCGGCCAAGAGUUUGUCUCAUGCUCAAGGAGCAACACUGAUGGCCGGUUUUAUAAAAGUUUUACCAUUAUUUAUGAUGGUGAUGCCGGGGAUGAUCAGCAGAGUUCUCUACGCUGACGAAGUUGCAUGUGUUGACCCACAAAUAUGUAACUAUGUAUGUCAAAGCGAGGCUGGCUGUAGCAGUAUAGCUUAUCCGAGGCUUGUCCUCGGUAUCAUGCCAGAAGGUUUACGAGGUCUUAUGAUGGCGGUGAUGAUAGCGGCUCUUAUGAGCGACCUUGACUCGAUCUUUAACAGCGCCAGUACCCUGUUCACUGUUGAUAUUUAUACUAAAAUAAGAAAGAACUGUUCUCAAAGAGAACAAAUGCUCGUAGGCAGACUUUUCAUACUCAUUAUGGUGGGCGUGUCAAUAGCGUGGGUACCAGUGCUAAAGGAGACACAAGGGGGUCAAGUUUUCAUUUAUAUACAAGAAAUAACAAAUUAUUUGGCCCCACCUUUUGCAGCCAUAUUUCUGCUGGCAGUACUAGUUCCGAUGGUUAAUGAACAGGGAGCAUUCUGGGCGUUAAUGUUGGCUUUUCUGACUGGUGUUAUACGGAUGAUCUUGGCAUUUGUCUACUACAGUAGUGGAGGCUGUGGUAAAGAUGACAAUCGUCCCGCCAUCUUGAAGAACUUUCAUUACAUGUAUUUCUCGUUAUUCAUCACACUGUUGACUGGUGUGACAGCUAUUGUGAUCAGUUAUUUUACCGGCAGACCUCAUGAAAAAUACUUGACACGUACGACUUUUUGGAAAGAGGAAAACCCGGCCCCCCGUACAUAG